GUUUGUAUAGAUUUGUAAUAUUUUAUAGUACGCAAUAACUUGACAAAGAAGAGAGUGUUUGGAGAAAUACGGCCGCGGAGCCAAGGCGACAAUUCCGAUCAUUCUCUUUUCAAUUGCCUGUAAAUUUCUAUCAUUUUCUCACACUUUCUUUCUUUCCAGGCAGCUUCCUUUCAUCGUUUUCGUUUUAUGGUCCUGUUUGUUUUGAUUUAAUUGAAGGUUUCUGUAGUUGGUUAUAGCGGCGAUUUCCCCAUGAGCGCUUGAUUCUUGCGAAUCUUGGCGGCUGGGUGGGCCCCAAUCGUAAAUGUCUCUUGUCGAGAGCGCAGCAACCGCCGUCGAUUGCGUCCACCAGCGCAGCGGCGCCGCCGAUCACCAAUACCACCGUCUGUCGUCGAAGCGGAAGUUGGACGACUAUGGUGGCCCUAACUUCGACGAUUACGACGACGACGAUCAGGAAGAAGGAGACAACGCUAUUUUCUCUGACCUAGUCUCCGUCAGAAUGAGGAAGGACGAGCUCAACGCGGUCAAUUCCUCAUCGGACGGCUCGCCGUGCCCCUUCUCGGCCGGCACCUCCCAGCACCUCGAUUCUAGGGUUUUCGACGCUCAAUCGGCCUCUUAUGGGACCAGCUCCAGUCGUCCCAAGUCCACUCGGUCCCCCUCGUCGUUACAGUUCUUCGUCAGGAUGCUUUCUGAGGGUUAUAAUCUGGUAAUCCAAGCCGACGCUAACGAUACCGUGAAAUCGAUCCAUGAACGGAUACAGGCGAUCACCGGAAUUCCUCUGUUCGAGCAGAGGCUCAUUUACAGGGGAAAGCAGCUCCAGUGGGAGCAAUCGCUCGCGGAAUGUUCGAUUCAAAACGACGCCAGUUUACAGCUCGUGGGCCGUAUGCGUAGCACAGAGCACCCACACGCUUGGCAGGUUAUUGACGACAUGAUUUCGAUUAUUUGCCGGCUCUGCAAAGGCGAACCUUACUCUAACGAGCCGAAAGACAUCAAGAGCUGCAUGAGCGAGUACUUUUCCAUGACGCCCAAGGAAGAGAACGACUCGGCCACAAGCCACCUCCAGAUAUUCAUGUCUUCCUCGGCUCCGGCGGCGCUGGUCAUGCUCUACGUGUCGCCUAUAAAGGAAAAUAAACAGCACAGCGAAGGCGCAGUUAAGCAUUUUUUGGGUUUGAUUCGUAAUUCGUUGCAUAAACCUCUAUAUAAUCAAUGUGCACCUAUUUUGUUGGAGUUUUGUAAGUUGCUUAGAAGAGUUGGGUAUGAGGACCCUUUAUAUGUCUCUUGCCGGAAUGCUUUAGGUUCCUUGUUGGAAAGUGUUGCCUCUUCGAAUUCGAGUCAUGGGUCGGCUUUGCCUGACAAUGUUAAGGAAUUGAUUGGGGUACAAGAGAUUUUUCCAUUUGUUAGUGAGCUUUCGGAGCGGUUGUCCAGGGAUUUGGUUUCGAGUGUGGAGUCGACUGGUGUGGGGCCUUUGUUGAGUGAUGUCCGCGAUUUUUCUGCCUUCUUGCUCCCUUUGAAUAAAGCGAUCACUCAGCAAGUGGGGUCUAGGGGUCGAAUUUCGGUGUUGUUGGAUGGAAGGGGUUAUAAGCAUCCAUUAUACGGUGAGGAGAUUGAGUUUCUUCAUCGCAUAUUUCGUCAGUUGCUUUGCAGAAUGGACCAGUGUCUUCUCAAGAUGGAAGACCAUUUAGCUGGGAAAGGGAAGGGAGAUGGUGAUAUAGCCCAUACUCGAUGGUCUCAGUAUCUUGCCAUUUUGAAGGAACUAAAUAGCAUUUCUAAACUCUAUGAGGAUGCUGAAGAAAGAUUCUGGGCAGUAUUGCGGCUCAGAAGGUCUUCAUUUUGUGCGCUAGUUGUUAAUUAUGCAAGGCGAACUGAUGAUAAUCAGUGGAUUGUUAACCACAAGGAUGUGCUUGAUUUUGAAUCCAGGAGGCAUUUGGCCAUGAUGAUGUUCGCUGAGGUAAAAGAAGACUAUGAGGAACUGCACGAGAUGCUCAUCGACAGGUCUCAUUUGUUGGAAGAAUCUUUUGAGUACAUAGGACGAGCUGAUCCUGAAUCAUUACAUGGAGGUCUGUUUAUGGAAUUCAAAAACGAGGAGGCCACGGGUCCAGGUGUACUGCGGGAGUGGUUCUUUUUGGUGUGCCAAGCUAUAUUUAAUCCACAAAAUGCGCUUUUUGUGGCAUGCCCACAUGAUUGUCGAAGGUUCUAUCCUAAUCCUGCUUCUGUGGUUGAUCCCUUGCACCUUGAGUAUUUUGCGUUUGCUGGUCGGGUGAUUGCAUUGGCUUUGAUGCAUAAAGUGCAAGUAGGCAUAGUCUUUGAUCGUAUGUUUUUCCAGCAAUUGGCUGGAAAUUCUUUGAUCUCUCUAGAAGACAUAUGCGAUGCUGAUCCUUGCUUGUAUAGUAGCUGCAAAAAGAUCCUACAGAUGGAUGCUGAGUUUAUUGAUUCAGAUGCUUUAGGGUUAACUUUUGCUCGAGAAAUUGAGGAGUUAGGAGCAAGGAGAGUUGUGGAGCUCUGCCCUGGAGGGAAAAGUAUUGUUGUUAACAGCAAAAACAGGGACGAGUAUGUUAAACUUCUUAUUCAGCAUCAGUUUGUCAAAUCCAUCUCUGCACAGGUGUCACGUUUCGGUCAAGGCUUUGCUGAUAUGCUCUGUAAGCCUAGUGACUCAAGUCUGAAUAUGUUCUGUAAGUUUCGUCUUCAGACGUCCUUUUUCCAGGGUUUAGAGCUUCAAGAUCUUGAUUUGAUGCUACAUGGAAGUGAAAGUGCUAUUAGCGUUGAAGAUUGGAAAGCUCAUACUGAGUACAAUGGCUACAAAGAGAAUGACUCUCAGAUAGUCUGGUUCUGGAAGAUUGUUGAGGAAAUGUCCACAGAGCAAAGAAAGAUUCUUCUCUUCUUUUGGACCUCCGUGAAGUAUCUUCCAGUUGAGGGUUUCCGUGGUUUGGCUUCUCGGCUUUAUAUCUACAGGUCCUCGGAGCCUCACGAUCGCCUGCCUUCAUCUCAUACAUGUUUUUACCGGUUGUGCUUCCCGCCGUAUUCGUCUAUGCGCAUGCUGCAAGACCGCCUACGCAUCAUAACACAAGAACAUUUUGGAAGUAGCUUUGGCACAUGGUGACGAUAGGUGCAUCUGGAUUAUUUUCCUGCACAUAAAAAAGAUUGGAACUCAGCUUGUACAGAUUAUAGAUAGUAUCUUGUUUGUCCUUGUCAGUAGAGUAUGUGAGAAGACACUCUAGUCCGCAAGUUGCUCUUUAUUUAAGGCCGCAUUGUCAUUGCUCUUUUUUGUCUACUGUUUAUACAGGUAUAGUAUAAAUAAAGCAGGGAAGGAACAAAGAAACAAAAUUUCUCUGCUUUCGUAGAUAUGCCCCUUCUUUAAUUAGCUGUUGGUUUUCAUGACUUGUAAGUAAAACACAGAUCGUGCAAUGACAUGCAAGUCAAUAGAACGAUUUACCCGUUACUGUCUC